AUAAACUUUUGGGAUUGACUGCAGAGCCAAUACAUCCUUAACGAAUUAAGCAUAAUUGAGCAUAACGAAACAGAGAACUGUUGUGCAGCACAUUGAUCAACACGUGUUUUGUUAGUUUCGUACACAAUGAUCGCAGUUAAAAAUGAUUUGACAAUUUCUUUAGUUGUUUAUGAUGUGUUUAGCUAUUUGCUAUAAAAAGAUUAUAAAGUUGAUAAAAAAGAUUCUGUCGAAACUCUUUAAAUCUCGUGGAGGUUAUAAGAAACAAACUGACAAUGAAAAAUCCAAAGGGAGAGCUAAAAGGCUUUAAAACGAUGUGGCUACAAUUUGACGAAAAUACGAUUGACAAGCAUCAACUAUUUUUUAAAGAACACUCGAUCAGAAAUCAAGCAGUCGAACAUCCAAAAGGGAAAACGCUAUUCAUGCUGAAUAUUCCUCCUUAUGUUACAUCCGAAGCAUUGCUCAAAGCAUUUACCAAUCUAUGCGGAACUGUUUCCAAUGUUUAUUUUGCAAAUUCGAAAGGAUUCAAAACAGCAUAUUUAGUAUUCGAGAAGGAAUCCACCCUAGAGGAUGCAUUAGAGAUUCCUGAUGAUUAUGUAUUAAUUUUGAGUACUAAGGAAAAUAAAUGUGCAGUAGGAUUGUCAAAAUGGUGCAUGGAAUAUAAUAAUUCUAUAUGUGAUGAAGUAAAAAUGAAGGAAGAGAUCGAAGCUUACAUGCGAGAUUACGACAACAAGAUUGCUUAUAAAAUAGCAAGGGAAAAAGCUAUGAAAGAGAAGAAGGAAGAAGACGAUGGCUGGGUGACUGUGACUGCACGAAAGAAGAGAGGACAAUUCGCAGUUCCUAGGAAAGAAUCUGCUCUUCAUAAAGUGCAACAUAAAGAAGAGCUGAAGACUAAGAAAAAACAAUUACACAAUUUCUAUACUUUCCAAAUCCGGGAGAGCAAGAAACAAAAUUUAGCAGAAUUGAGGAAGAAGUUCGAACUGGAUAAAAAGAGAUUGCAAGACAUAAAAUCGAAACGAACGUUCAAACCGUUCUAAUUUAUUCUCCGAACGGAGCAAGUACAAAAUUUACAGAUCGAUCAAUGGCAUCAUUAACAUCAAACAGAAUAUUUAUUACGUCAUAAAAAUUCUUACAUUUAUGAUUCAGUCGUGUAUAUAACAUACUUUAUGUACAAUCACGAAAACGUCUGUAAUAAAUUUAUUACUGUUUUAAGUA